AUGGGCUCCAAUGAUGCAGCGGCCGCUGCUUUUCGGGUGUUCAGCUCGGGACUAGGCUGCUUGACGGAACGUUUCCCAUGGACUCAGAAGGGUCUGGAGAUGGGUAUUGGAGAGUUGAAGCAAUGCGAUGAGGUGGACUGGAGUGUAGCGUUUGACACUGUUCAGCGAUAUGUGGAAGCUGACAAUGCGCCAUCGUUGUCCAACAGCUCAACACAACCACAACAUACCAUAGAAAUAGUUAUGAGUGACGAGAAUCCUCCGCUAUGGGAGUCCGUCCUGAAAUUGGAUUGGAUGGCAAUACUAGAAUGGAUUUAUGAUCACUUACCUUUUGAAGUGAAGUCCUACAUAUGGAUGAUUAUUCUUACUCUGCUAUUUGUGAUUACUUUAUGCGGAUGUUGCUGUAUGAUUUGUUUCUGUUCGCCAUGUUGUGCUUGUGCUAUCUGGUACCGAAAACGGCAAUCGCGCCGAAAUCGUGGCGGGCUCGAGUUCAGCACCUAUCCGUCAGCGCCUCCACUUCUCUCGAAAAUAUAG